AUGGCGAGGAACAACACCAUCCUCAACACCAUCGCCCUCCUCUCCGCAACGCUAACAACCUACAACCCACUCCCCUACAACCCAGGCUUCUCCAUCAAAAACGUCCUCUCCCUCGCCCAAUCCCUCCCCCGCUACUCAUGGGAAUACGGCACAUCCGCCGAAGCCCAACUCGAACUCUUCACGCCCCAAUUCUCCGUCUUUGGCGCGACCCCGUUCCCGAUACCAGUGUUACCAGCAGCGAGGGUCAUCGCUUUGAACUACGCAUCGUCAAAGGUGGAUUUUGGGACAGGGUAUGCGGCGUUGAGUGCGGGCAGCGGUGCGGCGGGUGAUCCGUCGAGUUUGGGGGUGAGUGCGGUGAUGUUGGGUAAGAUGAAUGGGGAGUAUACGGCUGCUGCAAAGGAGACGGUGGAUGCGCUGCUCACUCAGAUCCCACGAUGGUCGAAUGGAGCGAUAUCGCAUCGUCCGGACGUUGCUGAGCUUUGGGCAGACUUCGUAUACAUGGUCCCACCCUUCCUGGCCUACUACGGCGCAGACACCCAAAACACGUCAAUCCUCCUCCAAUCGUUCACCCAAUGCCAACUCUACCGGCAGGUCCUCCAACCCUCGAGCGGCGGAGCAUGGAUGCACAUCAUGGGUCCCCAAAACCAAGACACCGGACUCUGGUCAACGGGGAACGGGUGGGCCGCAGCUGGGAUGACACGCGUCCUCGCUACCUUUCUCAAAUCGCCUUUCGCGCAACAACUCAAUGGGACUGCGCAGGCGGAUGCGGUGGGGGGGUUGACGGGGUACAUCAAGGAGAUCUUAGAUGGCGCGAUGAGCUCGCCGAUGAGUUUUGGGUUGUUGAGGAAUUAUUUGAACGAUACGAGUGGUGAUGGACAGGGGUUCCCUGAAAUUUCGGGGAGUAUGCUGUUGGCGAGCGUAGCCUACAUAUCCUGGGCCGACAACAUCCGCGCCGUCCUAGGCGCAUACGACGCCUCCGGCAACCCACACAUCACAAAAACGGGAAUAGCAACGCCAGCAGUGAACCCGCUAAACUGGCACGAUACGACGCCAUAUACUUCUGGUAGUCCGGAGGGGCAGAAUUUUGUGGUGUUGAUGUAUGCGGCGUGGAGGGACUGUGUGUAUGCGGAAGUUUGUGGGAAUCCGUUGGCUGCUAGUUCGGGUGGGACGACGACGAUGGCUGGGGCAGCGACAACGACGGGGAAUUCACGAAGGAUGGUGAAGAAGCGGAUGCAUGGUGGGCUGAGGAGAGCUUUGGAUAUAUUUGGCAAGAUUUCGGGGUGA